UCGAACACGAGUCCAGAACCUACUAGAAAAGAUGUUGACAAAAAUUUGUAUCAGUUUUUAUUUUGUCACUUUUUUACUGAUAACAGAAAUUUCGGCAAUCCGGCUGAAUUUCAGCGGUAUUCAUUUUACGGAUUUUUCCCCAUGUUAUAAUGCGUUGAAUAUAUUAAAUAAUUUAUUUUCUGUAGCUCUGUCAGUUAUAAUAUACCUAAUUCUGAAGUUUUGCUUUUUAUUAUUUUCCCAACCAUGUCAAUAAUUCCCAGCAUGUUUGGUUUCCUAGCCAGCGGAAAAUUGGUGAGAACAGAUUUUGCUCAAAUAGAUGCCACUCAUUUUACUAUAAAUAUCUGCGAUGCGGAUAACUUGAACCAUAUCGCCAUAUUUUUAACCGGAGCAACGCCAUUUCCUGAUGGAACGGCCGGUCUUGUGUAUUUAAGCUGGUCGGAAGCCGGAAUCAAAGAUGACUGGCAAUUACUCGGAUCAAUAUCCAAUCUCAAACCAUCGGCUAUAUUUAAAAUUUCGCACGUCAAAAAAACAGAAGCUGCUGCAAGUACGAUGAAUUGUCUAACGCUCCAAGAAGAAAUACCCAGUAAAUUCAUCGCCAAGUUGGGUAUAUCAAUCGAACCAUUGGAUGUAGUCGAACAACAAAGUUUGACAUUGCAAAGUAAUUCACUGAAUAAUCCAGCGGUAUCGGCUGAAUUCGGUAAAAAAAUAUUACUGAACUUCUUCGAGUACGCUUCCAGCUUUGCAUUACCCACUCAAGAAUUGGUUACCAAACCUCCUAGUACUUAUAUACCAUUUAAUGUUUUAGAAAAUUGGUACAGAAAUUUUGAACGUAAACUCGCGUUGAAUCCUAAUUUUUGGAAAUCGUAAAAUGAUUUGAUCAUGUGAACUUUUUUUAUCGAGAUCUUUAUUUAUUAAAAAUCAUCCGUUCGAAUUAACUUGAUUUGAAAAAUCAAAUAUUAUUGUCCAAUUGGAAAUUAAAGAUUUUUCAAAUUAUUUUUACCUAAACAGGAUGAUUUACUUGUAUAGAAUUUCGCAUUUCUGUAAGUCGGACAUACUGUGAUCUUUGAUAGCCGGCGAAAUUUUUUCAUAUUCGAACUACGUACGUUACGUUAAUUUUGUGUGAUAUUAUUACUAAAAAUGUACAUAUUAAUUUUCAUUUAUCUUUGCUUCCAUUUUCGGCUUGAACUCAUUUCUACUUUCUGAUGCUCAUCGUUAUUAAUUUGAAAUGUAUCUACGUAGUACGUACACAUUUCGAGAUUUCGAAGUGGUGUUGUUUACGCCUACGUAUUUUUUUAUUUUCAUAAGUAUUAUAAAUACGAUCUUGCUGAGUUCCACCGACUUCGUACACUGAUACGUACAUUUUUAUCUAUUAUUUUAAUUUCGAAUUGUUUUCAUAUUGUUUUGUAUAAUUUCUUUACAUAAAAAAUAGUUCAUUCAUUUAAGCAUGUGAUUGUUGUUUUUUUUUUUUUUGUAAAUUUUGUACAAACAUAAAUGUACUAACGCAGUUGAAAUGAGUAAAUCGUUCAAAUCAUCA